AUGGCGGAAACAAAGAUCCAACAACGCCCAAUUAAUCCUCCUCAAAACCCCUUUCCAACAACAUGGAGCGAUCUAAAUGACCCAUUGGAAGCUUUGACCUUGAUCGAUGCGGCUCACCGUCUCGGCAUCGCCUACCGUUUCCAAGCCGAGAUCGACCUUAUUUUACAACGCCAUUACGCAGCCUCACUCAACCUCGACGUUAGUUAUGCAAACCACGACCUUCAUGAAGUCGCUCUUCGCUUUCGACUCCUCCGACAAGGUGGCUACUUCGUGCCGUCGGACAUGUUCGAGGCUUUCAUGGACGAGGAUGGCCAUUUCAAGCAGGAGCUUGAGAAUGAUAUCAAUGGGGUGAUGAGUUUGUUUGAAGCUUCGCAAUUUUGCUUGCCAGGCGAAGCUAUACUCGAGGAAGCUCGAGUUUUUAGUGCCCGAAUCAUGAGUGAAUAUGUCAUGAAGAAUGUUGAUUGUAACAAAGCUAGGCAUGUUGCUAGAGCUUUGGCGAAUCCUUAUCAUACGAGCUUCUCUAAGUUCAUGGUGAAGGAUUAUUUUGGAAUGGGGGAUUUACCGGACACGAAUAGAUUGACCCGUGAUUUCCAACUUGUCGCCAAAAUGGAUUUCAACGUUGCCCAGGACAUGCGUCGUCGGGAACUUUAUCGGUUCACGCAAUGGUGGACAGACACAGGUUUGGGCAAAGUGUUGGGAUUUGCAAGGGACCAACCGCUAAAAUGGUACAUUUGUUCGUUAGUUUGUCUCACAGAUCCAUGUUUUUCCGAGGAAAGAGUUGAACUUUCAAAACCCAUCUCUUUUAUUUAUCUAAUUGACGACAUGUUCGAUGUUUACGCCUCUCUCGACCAACUUAAGCUGUUCACAGAAGCUGUUAGAAGAUGGGAUGUUACGGUGGCUGAAGCACUACCAGACUGUAUGAGGAUUUGUUUCAAAUCACUCUAUGUAAUGACAAAUGAAAUUAGUAGUAAAAUCCAUGAGAAGCAUGGUUGGAAUCCAAUCAACUCCUUACAAAAAUCGUGGGCCAAGCUUUGCGACGCAUUCCUAGUAGAAAGUGAAUGGUUCGUUUCUGGUUAUUCACCAAGUGCCAAAGAGUAUCUAAGAAAUGGAGCAGUGAGCAGUGGAGUGCACGUAGUGUUAGUGCAUGCGUUCUUCUUGUUAGGACAAACAAUAAACCAUGAAACCGUGAAGCUUUUAGACAACGACCCUGAAAUUAUUUCUUCUACCGCAACAAUCUUGAGGCUUCAAGACGACUUAGGAAGCGCCAAGGAUGAGAAUCAAGACGGAUAUGAUGGAUCAUACGUGAAUUACUACAUGAAAGACAAUAAAGAUGCUUCGAUUGAGAGCUCACGACAACACAUAGCCAAUUUGAUUUCGUAUGCAUGGAAGAAGCUCAAUAGAGAAUGUUUGUCGUCGAGUUCAUUUCCUCUUGCGUUCAUGGAAACUUCUUUGAAUAUUGCGAGAUUUGUUCCGAUUUUAUAUGGUUAUGAUGACAAUCAAAACCUUCCAACGCUUAAGAAGCUAGUGAAAUCGAUGUUGUAUGAAAGAGCGGAGAUAUAA